UGUAGGGCUUUGAGUCUUAUAAAUAGUUUAUCCUCUGUGCAAGUAACGUCUGUCCUCUGUAACGUCAAGAAGAGGGAUGAAUCUGCUCCAAAAAAUUUUUAAAUAAAAUCUUAGCAAUAAAGUAAAGUGAAGCAAGGUCUCCUUCCUAGCUUAGAAGAUCUACUUUUCUAUACUAUUGCAGAAGGACAAGAAAAAAUACCAGUUCAUAAAUUCAUAACUGCACUCAAAUCUACAGGAUUACGUACAUCUGAUCCCCGAUUGAAAGAGUGCAUGGAUAUGUUAAGACUGACCCUUCAAACAACUUCAGAUGGUGUUAUGCUGGACAAAGACCUUUUUAAAAAGUGUGUACAAAGUAAUAUUGUGUUGCUUACUCAAGCUUUCAGGAGGAAGUUUGUCAUUCCAGAUUUUAUGUCGUUUACUUCACAUAUUGAUGAGUUGUAUGAAAGUGCUAAAAAACAAUCUGGAGGAAAGGUUGCUGACUAUAUUCCACAACUGGCCAAGUUCAGCCCUGAUUUGUGGGGCGUGUCACUUUGCACAGUGGAUGGACAGAGGCAUUCUGUUGGUGAUACCAAAGUUCCGUUUUGUCUUCAGUCCUGUGUAAAGCCCUUGAAAUACGCUAUUGCUGUUAAUGAUCUUGGCACAGAGUAUGUGCACAGAUAUGUUGGUAAAGAACCUAGUGGAUUAAGAUUCAACAAAUUGUUCCUGAAUGAAGAUGACAGGCCUCAUAAUCCUAUGGUGAAUGCUGGAGCAAUUGUGAUCACGUCUUUAAUCAAGCAAGGAGCAAAUAACGCAGAAAAAUUUGACUACGUGAUGCAAUUCAUGAAUAAAAUGGCUGGUAAUGAGUAUGUUGGAUUCAGUAAUGCUACGUUCCAGUCCGAAAGAGAGAGUGGAGAUAGAAACUUUGCAAUUGGCUAUUACUUGAAAGAAAAAAAGUGUUUUCCUGAAGGCACGGAUAUGGUUGCUAUACUAGACUUCUAUUUUCAGCUUUGCUCAAUAGAAGUAACAUGUGAAUCGGCAAGUGUGAUGGCAGCAACUUUGGCUAAUGGUGGCUUUUUCCCAAUCCCUUGGGGAAGUCCUGAAGCAGUCCGGAAUACCUUGAGUUUAAUGCAUUCCUGUGGCAUGUAUGACUUCUCAGGGCAGUUUGCCUUCCACGUUGGUCUUCCUGCAAAAUCUGGAGUUGCUGGUGGGAUUCUUCUGGUUGUUCCUAAUGUCAUGGGCUUAAUGUGCUGGUCACCUCCUUUGGACAAGAUGGGCAACAGUGUUAAAGGAAUUCACUUUUGUCAUGAUCUGGUUUCUUUGUGCAAUUUCCAUAACUACGAUAAUUUGAGACACUUUGCAAAAAAGCUUGAUCCUCGCAGAGAAGGCGGUGAUCAGCGGCAUUCCUUUGGACCAAUGGACUAUGAGAAUCUCCAGCAAGAACUUGCUUUAAAAGAAACAGUAUGGAAAAAAGUGUCACCUGAAUCAAACGAGGACAUCUCCAGAACCGUAGUGUAUAGAAUGGAAGGUCGGGGAGAGCAAAACUAAACAAAUGGGUUCUAGCUUCAUUAAAUUCUUCAUUUUAAAAACCCUCAAGCAUCUCUAGAUUUAACUUUGGUUUGAAUAUUGUUUGCCUGGUGUUUCAUUUAUAUAUACAUUUUGUGUAAAUUCUGUAUGCUAUACCAAAAAGAUUUGUCAGGGUUCAAGGGAGGGUGUGGGAAAGCACAUGCAAACAACAAAAACCAAAACUGUUAACUGACUUUUGUAGUUACUUAAAACGCAUUUACUUAAAAAAAAAAAAAAAGGUACAUCUGAAUGUUUUUCAAAGAUAUACCACUUCUGUGUAUAUCUGUUUAUUUUUGUUUAUAUCUGAGAAUAUUAAGUAAAUUAACUUGAGAGCUAAGCAAGAACUUAAGAUGUGUCCUCUGAUCAGGGUCAGCAUGUAACGACAGAAGAAUUUUAAUUAAAAUAUAAAGUAAAAUAGAGUAAGCAAAAUACUCAGAUUCAUGAAUCUCUAAAUAAUUGUGUAUUAAGCUGAGAUAGGUUCUGAGUCAUGUUAUUGUAUCCUGUUUGUUUUUUUUAAUAUGAGCUUUCAAAUUGCUUUCAGCAGAAAUGGAUCCUUUGGAUAUGCCAUGCUAGUGAGGAUUUUUUUUUUUUGAUCAGACAUAUAAUUAGUAAUGCUAACAUUUAAAUAAAAAGAGCAAAAAUGGCUGGGGAGGACUGGGAGAAGGGAGUGGGGGAAGCUGCCUGUUUGCAAGUUCACUAAUGCAGCAGCAAGAUGGCUCACUGAACUAUGUGAGUGCCUUUGCUAGCUGCCUGUACUGCCAGCUGGUAGUCAUGGCUCGGAAGUCUGCCUUACUCAUACUGCUGGGCUCCACCCCGGAGAGGAAUGAAAGCAAUCUGGGGUUUAGAGUGGUAACCAAUGAAGUAGCAAGCAGGAAAUAUAUUCAGAGCAAAGCAGACUGGUAGAUAUUAUUAAAACUGUUUACAAUUAACUUAUUUUUCAACCGCUAAUGUGCAUGCAUGUUCAUAUAUAAGACCAGAAGUUUCAUUUGCUUAGACAUGAGCAAAUUUUUUAAAAGUUACCAUUAAUUUCUACUUUUUAAAAUGAUUGUGAGUUUGCACCUCUGUCAGCUUGCUAAGAAACAGGACGUGCAUUCUUCUGCAGGCAACAGCAUCUGUUCAUCUGCAUAAUUUGAUCAUUUUGAGUAUAUUGAGUAGAGUGUAUCUUGAAAUGGUGUAUGUAAGCUUCGAACAGGCUCAGUAGGCGAUGCUGGACAGAGGGCACAGACUUGCUAAAUUCUUGACACUUGUAGCUAUUAGCCUUCUAAUGAUUCAUGGGCGAGUUUUGCAUGAGGGGGGAGUUAGGUUUUUCCUGCCCCUUUUUUUGACCCAUCUGGGUGUUUGUGAAUUCAGGAAAAUGCAUAAAGCAAAGCUGAUGUUCUCUGAUAAGGCAAGCUGUUCUCAAUUACUGUUUAGAUAUUGUUAGUUUUGCAUAAACAUUUGAAGUAAACUCUGACUAAACCCGUUCAUCUAGUAGGGUAUUGUAAAAGGAUGGGCUUCCUGUCUUUGAAGCCUAGGAAUAAAAUGUUUAAGCAAAACAAUACAGAACAUCAAUUUUGAGUGAAUUUGAAAGCCCUACUGGGAUGAAGAGAGAAAUCCGUGGUGCACAUGUCAGUAAUAAGUGUCAGUCAUAAAUUGCUGAAUAAUAGCUGGUUUAGAAUCUUAUCACUGACGAUAAGGUUAGGUAUGUCAGUGCUUAUCUUGAAAAUAAAGGAAAAUAAGUAAAGGCAAAGUCCUGAAUUAUAGGAAUGUCUCACCUGUUUGAGGAUUUUGCAGUAAACUAGUAGUUACAGAGGCAUAACAAGCAUUCACAUCCUGCAAAACUACAUGUCUUUACCUGAAAUACCCUCAAUUGCGGGAGGGAACAUCAUGUGUCUGUGCUGCUAAUGAAAAGUAUUUACGGUGAUGACAUGUUGCCUAUUAAAUUACUGGCUUAAUUAAAAAAGGAAAACGUAUGAUGCAGGAUUUGCUUGAUCUCAUUCUACACACAUUAUUUUCUGAUUUUUUUUUUUAGUACUAUUUGAAGUUAGUUCUAAAAACGUGGUUGAAGAUGGAAAAUUGUUCCAUCUGGGUUUCAACUUGAAAAUGAAAAUCUUUACCGUAUUUGUCAGUUACAUAUAAAACUUGUGGUAGAGGCAAGUCCUGCAUGGGAAAUACAAAAAUAAGGAAACUGAGAUCUUUAAUAUGCAUAAUAAGAAUAUUUAGGGUACAGCUUACACAAUCUUUACUUUAGAUAUAUAUAUAUUACAGUUCUGUAAUAUAUGCUUUUGAAGCCUGUCUCGGAAUUUAAGCCAGCCUCUAAGUUAGGAGGGGUCAGGAGGAGCCUCUUUUGGACCAAUUAUUUUGUAACUUGCCGACACUCACAGUUUCUUGUCCUGGCCUGCCAUGUCUGCAGAUGGCUCUUGUUCAUGGCAGGGUACACGGAUAGCUGGGGCCAUGGUUAGGUCUGCCAGGACAACUUACCCACGCCUGCAUUGUGUUUGGUGAGCGGGUCUGAAAGAAUGCGCUGGUAGAGGCUAGUCAUUGAAUGUUUGAGGUCUGCAACGGUUUUAGUGUUCACCUGUGCUACAGUAAUAGCAAUUCUUGAUAUUCAAGCAUUUUAGCUGUUUGUUUGUUUUUCUUUGUCAGCAUCAUUAACAUUUCAUUAGAAAUGUAAAUGCUUUUUUAAAAUUUUAUUUUAGCGUUUGUGUUGUACUUUUUGGCUCAGUUGUUAAGUUACCUGUCUCGUUUUCCAUUUUUCAUUUGCAUUGUAUGUUAUUUAUGUAUCUCUAUUUCCAGCAUGCUUAUU